GGGGGGUCGGCGAGACGUGAGGCGGGUCCCGAGACACUCUCUAGAUGACAUUCGCAUGCGCUUUGACCGCAGCCGCUAUGAAGAUAUCAUUUGGGAGCCCUACACGGAUGAGAUAUUGAGUCUCCUCCCCGCGUACUGUUUGGAGGGCCGACGUAUUUGGCGGUCUGUUGUUCCGCUCAUUUAUUAUCAUAUCGUGGAGUGGCACCACCCUGAUAGAGUUCUGCAGCAGUUUGGUCUACAACAACCUAUUCCACUUCAGCCUAGACAAGACCAUGUCCUUCAUAGUUAUACGAUGAGGGGCAGUGACAAUUGGCGGCAGACACAUGCUUUCUACAUUGAUCUUUGGGAUCACAGGUUGGAUCAUGUCGUCGACGGACCCCCUUUUCAAGGACCCCCUCCAUACCAUUCCGAGUAUAUGGAGUGGUUUCGGCGUGUCACGCGAAGAUGGAUCACACCUCAGGGUGCAAGAGAGAUAGCACAGGCUGAUGCGAUGGAGACUAUGCAUAUGGAGGCUGACAUUUCUUCACGGUUUCGGUCCAUCACACGGAGUUCGCAGUUGGCAUCACAGGAGGAGCGGCGUGACGUCACAAUCCCACCGACACAUCCUUCCAUUGAGCCGUUUCGGCUACCGGCCGUUCCUCAGCCAACGAUAGAUCCACAGACAAUCCGAUCUCGUCGUCGACCACGGCAGCCGCCUCCACCAGCGCCACGGCCCCUUGCAGAUGACCCUAUGCCCGAGCCAGUGUUUUUUCACCCCUUCAGAGGACCAGAUUACUACCACUUCAUGCCACCACCACCCAGCUUCACUCAGGCAUCCUCGCAUUAUGAUCAAGGAGGACCGUCUUCACAGUUUCAGCAUUCAUCAGCAUCCCCUUUUCAGCACGCAUCUACACAGUAUGGCCAUUCUGGUUCAGCACCUUAGUUAUACCAGGCAUCUACACCUUUUGAGCAGCCAGCAUCAGCUUCGCAUUUGUACGAGUCCUCUUCGCAGUAUCAGCAGCCGUCAUCAGCUUCACAGCCUGGGAUGUGUUCUUCGCUUCCACCUGCAGAGUAUUCUCAUUUUCCAUUCCAGCAGACUGAUCAGGCAACACCGGGGUUCUCUUCUUUGGAUCUUUUCCAGAGCCCACAUCGGAUGACUCCCACCUUUACUGACUGGUCAGCGGGCGGAUUCUCCCUAGAUGACAUCCAACAUACAGAGUUUCCGCAGCAGGGUUUCGUCCAGUCCACCCCGGAUUUUACUGGUACCGUCGAGGGAUCUGCAGAGGACGAUAGUGACGACGACGAUGAGGGCGACCAGGAGGAGGAGGACGGUGGUGGCGAGGGGAGGCGUUUUCAGACACAGAGCACAGGCCGAAGAAAUAGACGUCAAGUUCUAGGUUUACGUGAAAACCUACCUGUAAAUCGUAGAUAUGAUUGAUGUUUUUUAAUGAAUAGACUUAUUUGUAUCUUUAACGGAGAAUAAUGUAUGCUUUAAUUUUAUUUCA